GAAAAAAGUUUAUUGAAUAAACCCUCAACUUGUAACCGCCGUUUCUUCAUCUUGUUCAGCCUAUAUUCUAGUUUCCAUUUCUCUGUGGAUUCGAACUCCUUUCUGUUGCACAAUUCUCUGUUUUUUUCGUGGUGUGUUAGUUAUGGCGGAGAAGAAACGGCUGAUAGCGUUAGGGUUUGAAGGAUCCGCUAACAAGAUUGCGGUAGGCGCUGUGACGCUGGACGGUUGCAUUUUGUCGAAUCCUCGUCAUACUUACAUCACUCCGCCAGGGCAUGGCUUUCUCCCCCGCGAAACCGCCCAACACCAUCUCCACCAUGUGCUUCCGCUCCUCAAAUCGGCCCUCACUGAGGCCAACAUUACACCACAGGAUAUUGACUGCCUUUGCUACACGAAAGGCCCCGGGAUGGGAGCCCCUCUUCAAAUAUCAGCUAUAGUCAUUCGCAUAUUAUCACAACUUUGGAAGAAACCAAUAGUUGGGGUUAAUCACUGUGUAGCACAUAUUGAGAUGGGGAGGAUAGUGACCGGGGCAGAUGAUCCAGUUGUGCUGUAUGUGAGUGGGGGAAAUACUCAGGUCAUUGCCUAUAGCGAGGGCAGGUAUCGUAUCUUUGGCGAGACAAUAGACAUUGCAGUUGGAAAUUGCUUAGACAGAUUUGCUAGGGUUCUUAAUCUGUCUAAUGACCCUAGUCCCGGCUACAACAUUGAGCAGCUUGCUAAAAAAGGAGAUAAGUUUAUAGAGCUUCCUUAUGUUGUGAAAGGAAUGGACGUUUCCUUUAGUGGGAUAUUGAGCUAUAUUGAAGCCACAGCAGAAGAGAAACUUAAAAACGAUGAGUGCACACCUGCAGACUUGUGUUAUUCCUUGCAGGAAACUUUGUUUGCAAUGCUUGUGGAGAUCACGGAGCGGGCAAUGGCACAUUGUGACAAGAAGGACGUGCUAAUUGUUGGUGGUGUGGGAUGCAAUGAACGGUUACAGGAAAUGAUGCGUGUUAUGUGUAGUGAAAGGGGAGGGAAGUUAUUUGCAACUGAUGACCGAUACUGCAUUGACAACGGGGCAAUGAUUGCCUACACUGGGCUCCUUGCAUAUGCUCAAGGCCAGACGACUCCGUUAGAAGAAUCUACGUUUACCCAGCGAUUCAGAACGGAUGAAGUAUUGGCAGUUUGGAGAGGGAAGGAAGAUUUUAAAUCAAAUGGCAACUGACAAGGCCAAUCCACUGUAUCAUUUUCCAUCAGGAUUUCGUAUUUGUUGUGUAUUAGGAUGUUGGAUUAGGAAUUACUCGAUCAUGUACUGAUUUAUACAGAAGAUGUGAUUCUUUCUCUUCCAUUUUUUCUUCUAUUGAUCAUAUGUACUGAUUUAUACAGAAGAUGAAAUUCUCUUUUUUCUCUUUUUAA